CAACCUUUCUACAGUUCUUCUUCCUACACAAUUGCCUCUGUACUCAACCCUUCCCAUAUAAUUCCUCAGCUAUGCCACGCGACCCCCUCAUCGGCCUGGUAGGUAAGCCCUCAUCCGGCAAGUCCACCACACUCAACAGCUUGACGGACGCGUCGUCGAAAGUCGGCAAUUUCCCGUUCACGACUAUAGACCCCCAACGCGCCAUCGGCUACCUCCAGAUCCCCUGUGCCUGCUCCCGCUUCGGCGUGAGUGACCGCUGCAAACCGAACUACGGCGCGUGCGUGGACGGGCGGCGGAGCGUGCCGAUCGAAUUGCUCGAUGUGGCUGGGCUAGUCCCCGGCGCGCAUCUAGGACGGGGGCUGGGGAAUAAGUUUCUGGAUGACCUGAGGCAUGCGGAUGCCUUGGUGCAUGUGGUUGAUGUGAGCGGGACGACGGAUGCAGAGGGCAAGGCGACGAGAGGGUAUGACCCUUCGCAGGAUAUUGUGUGGUUGAGGUCGGAGAUCGUGCGGUGGAUACAGGGGAAUCUGAUGGAGAAAUGGGGUUCGAUAAAGCGACGGCAUGUUGCCGUAAAAGCCACCGCCGUCGAAACCCUACAAAACCAAUUUUCCGGCUAUGGCAGCACGUCUUCCGUGGUGGCGAGAUGCUUGGACAAAAUGGGCUUAAAAGAGCCGCUGCAGGAUUGGUCGAACGAGACGAUUGAGAAAGUUGUGAUUGCGUUUACGGAUGAGAAGUUCCCAACCGUGAUAGCGCUGAAUAAGAUUGACCAUCCGGACGCUGACAAGAAUAUCGCCAAAAUCGCAAAAGCCCAAGACCCCCAAUCCAUCGUCCUCUGUUCCGCCAUCAGCGAAGUCUUCCUCCGACGGUUAGCGAAACAGGGUUUCGUGAGGUACACCGAGGGUAGCGACAUCGUGGAAACAAGAGAAGACCUGAUAGAAGACGGUGAUCCGGAUGGAGGGGGCUUGAAGGAGAUGGAUGAGAAGCUGAAGAACCGUAUCGAAAAUCUCAAAGACAUGGUCCUCUACCGCUUCGGCAGCACGGGCGUGGUGCAAGUCCUCUCCCGCGCCGCAGAGCUUCUGGGUCUCGUCCCGGUGUUUCCCGUCCGAAAUAUCAACACCUUCACAUCUGGUUCAGCGUCUAGUCAUGCCGUGUUUCGAGAUUGCGUCCUCGUAAAACGGGGAUCAACAGUCGGCGACGUCUACCGCAAAGUGAUGGGCGACGCGCCGAUGGCGUACGUAGAGACGGCAGGCGGCGUGAGGGUCGCGGAAGAUGAUCUUGUGGCGGUGGGGAAGAACGAUGUCCUAUCUUUCAAAGUUGGCCGAGCUUGAGGGAGUCCAUGGGUUUUUGAAGUGGAGAUUUGCUUCCUGCAUACCCUGCUGUACAUAUAGACACUUCACCAUGUACACUAAGACGAAUUGAAGGAGAUGAUCUGGCGAACGCCUGAAUAGACUAAAUCUAGGAGGCUACGAG